AUGUAUAGUAAUAGUAAUAAUAGUGAUAGUGAUAAAAGAAGAAGUGAGUACUUUAAAGGUAUACUCAACAACAAGUAUCUAAGAACAAAGAUAUUCAAUCAUGUAGAGAUCAUUCAUCACAGAAUCAUUAAUAACGAUGAUAAGAAUCAUUACAAACUAGCACUCAAAUCAAAUCAGAUAAUGACACUAUGUGAAUGUAUCAAAGUAAAUAGAAGUGAUCUAUUCAUUAAACACUUUGAUAGUGUAUAUCAAUCAAUGUUGUCAUACUCUAAUGAAAAGGAGUUUAGUUUUAAUAGUCAAGUAUUUGAAAAGAUAUUGAAAACUAUAUUUGAAUACGAUGGACAUGUUGAAUUAGAAUAUUUGUUGAAAAGGUUUGGAGGAAUAGAGAUGACCAAACUCAGAUCGAUGAUGCUUCGAGUUGGUUUCGUCAUCCCACCGAUUGGUUUGUGUCGGCUUUUAAUUCAACAAAACUAUCAUUUAAAACUCGAUAUGAAUGAUAAAGAUGUCUUUACCUUUGUUGGUAAUCUUACAAAACAUGUUAUGAUGAAUGGUGAUUUGGAGAUGUUUGAUAGAAUUUGUAACGAUUAUUUUGAUCAUACCAUCAUCAACCAAAAUCUUAUUUUUUAUCACCAUUGGGGAUCAUUCAAAGAUUUAAUCAACAAAUUAAAUAAUCAACAACAACAACUACACACAACCAACAACAAAGAUAAUAAUAAUAUUCAAUCAAAGUAUAUUAAAAUAUUCUAUAUGGUCAACAAAUUAAUAGGAUACGGUAUAGAUUUAAGAUCAACAUUAUUUGUGGAUGCUUUGGAAGGUGGUAAUAAUCAAGAGAUUAUAAAAUGGAUAAAAGAUAGUUUUGAUGAAAAAGAAAGUUUUGUGAAACUAUUUCAACAAUCUCAAGUUCUUACUCUAAUUGAAAGAUAUGCAACAACCAAUACACUUGAAUUAAUAGAAUUCAAACUUGAAUCACCACGACUAUUGUCAAUAGACGCAGCUCAAUUUGGAAACUUGGACUUUCUAACAUACAUGUAUGACAUGAAAGAGUACAAUUAUCUAUUUGGAAAUGGACAACUUGAGGCAUCAUUGACUGAAGGACACUUGGAAUGUGCUAAUUUUUUAGUGACAUGUGCAGUCAAAGAAGGUGCAGAAGUAGAAUUUGGAGACAUUCAUCCAUCAAUCAUGUCAUUGGAUCUUGUUAAAAGGUUGGUUGAUAGUCAAUGUCAAAUGUUGGAUUUUGAUGGAUUGAUUGAAUCAGCUAUCGAAUCAAAUCAACCUGAAACUUUAGAGUUUAUCUUUUCACAGUUGGAAAAUGUAGACUCUCAGAUGAGAGAAGAUUUUUCUAUUUAUACAAGACUUGUCUUGUUGUCUCUUAAAAUAGAUAACCCAAAAAUCACUGAAAUAUUGUUGGACAAGUUAUUCUCUGAUCAACCUCCUCAAACCUUUCAUUUAAAUUCCAAAGGGAAUGAUCUAUGUUAUGGUCCACUAUUAUCACUUUUCAACAAAGGUCAUUCUAUAGAAAUACUUCCUCUUUCAAGGAAAAAAAGACUAUCAAAAGUCACACCACAAGCUGUUCAAUUAUUAAUCGAUCGUCUAUCGAUUGAAAGUGUACCACCAUGGGUGAUACUUGCAUCAAUCCAUCAUCCAGAUUUUAAUGACUACAAGUUGUUGAAAGAUACAAUAUCACUCAUCAAUCAAUACCCUGAAGAAGAGGUGUACCAAUAUAAAAAACUUCAAUAUUUAUAUUCAAAUGGUUUGAUUAAAGUUAUUGAAUGUUUUGGAGACUGGAUUUGGGAAUUUGGAGACUCACUUUUUAGAACGGCAUUGGAGUACAAUCAAAUUCAAAUGGCACUAUACAUUAGUCAAUUAAUCAGUUCUCGCUUCCAACAACUUGAUGAUUACGAAGGUAUCUUAUACUCUUUACUCGAUAUAGAUAAUGAUCAAGACUUUGAAAUGAUUUGGGAUGCAUUAAAACCUUUUACAACCAGCUCUUCUCAUGUGAUUCAUGCCAUCAUGUCAGUGAACAAUUUUGUAUAUUCACAACGACACCGAGUCACCAACACAAUCGAUAGAGUCAUCAAACAUUAUACUCGAUAUUAUAAUGGAGCAGCAGAGAAAGGUCAAUUCAAAAUGACACCAAUCAAAAUUACCAAUGAGCAUGGUGGAUGUCUUCAUUUCAACCAUCUCUAUAACAAUUACAGAGAUUGUCCAGUCAUUGAUUUCACUGAUUUCAAUGUAGACUCAUAUCUUGAAGAUAAUCAUAAAGAAGGUAUCUUCCCAUUCACAAAAAACAAUUAA